AUGGAAGACUUGCUGGACCUGGACGAGGAGUGGCGCCGCAACUCGGCCUUCUCCGGGGCCAAAAUGGGUCGCCGAGCUCAACAGGAGUCAGCUCAGGCUGAGAAUCAUUUCAGUAGCAAGAAUUCUUCAUUGACUCUGACUGGAGAGGCUCCCCCUCCAAAACCACCUCGCAGGCAGGGAGGCUGGGCAGAUGCUUCUGUAAAGGUGUCAAAAUUGGGAAGGAAGGCUUCUGAAGAGAUAGAAGACCAUCGCCUCAGACAACAGAGCCUGUAUGGAUCAGAUGAUGGAGGAGGUAAGAUGCUCUUGGAGGAAAUCAAAAGUGUUUCUAGAGAAGCCCCAGAGCCUCCCAAGGAUUUCUUGGGCUGCAGCUGUGGCACCAUUUGCUGCAGCCUGACUGAAGACUUUUGCACUGGUCUCAUCAGUGCUCUUGUCUCUACCCGGAGUGCCUCACCCCUUCUUACCCACUUGCCUUUCUUGUCUUUAAGAACUCAGCUGAAGUAUCAGUCAGUUUUAUAUUGCUGUGACAAAAGACAUGAGCUAAACAACUUCAGGGAGGAAAGAUUUAUUUUGGCCCACAGUUUAAGAGGUUUCAGUUCCUGGUUGGCUGGCUCCAUUGCAGUUAGGCUGUGGUGAGACAGACAUCAUGGCCAGGAGCGUGUGGUAGAAUGAGGCUGCUUACCUCAUGACAUCCCAGGAAGCCAGGGAUGGGGCUGGGGGACAAGAUAGAAUCCGAUCAGUCUCCACCUUCCACAGUUUCCACCACUUCUCAAUGGUCCCUUCAGUUACAAACCGUCAAUGGAUUAAUCCAUUGAUUAGGCUGGCACCCUUCUGAUCAAUCACUUCCUGAAGGCCCCUUCUCUGAACAUUGCUUUGGAGACCAUACCUUUACCUCUUGAGCCUUUUGGGGGACACUUAAUAUCCAAACCAUAACAUGAAGUAUCACCUCCUCUGGAACAUUUCCCCUUCCCACCCUCCUUCCUCUCUGACUCAGACGUUCUUUCUCCAUGCUCCUACAACCUCCUUGGGAAACCU